CGCGGUAGCUUUACCGACACCAAUUCCGACACACAAGAUGAUUGAGAGGAGGCAUCAGCAGGGAUGGAUGUGGAAAGUCAUCUUCGUAAGCGUCUUAUCUGGAGUGGUGGGGUAUCUGCUUCCGCUCUUGCUAACAGAAUCGCCAGAUCAGAGACGAGCAGCCCUCGUCGCGACACAGACGGUGCUGCUCCAGCGAGAUCACACGAUCCGGCAAAAGUUUGCAGGCCUCAAGACCGACCUGAACGCGUACGAGGUGGCGGUGGGAGACAUCUGGAAGGUAUCAGCCCUGCGUAAGCUGCGAGAUGACCACGUGCUACGUGAAAGCCACGAACAUUUGGACGCAAUCAAAACGUCCAUGUUGGAGCGGCGGGCAGCCAUGGUUUCCCUUCUCGCCGACACCACCCGAAGUAUCCACGAUGCCAUCAGCACCCUCCGCGAACACUCUGCGUAUCCCUCGUCUGAGCAUUGCACAGAGCACAACGUGCUGGUUGAGGAAGGCACGAAGCCACCUUUGGACGACACCAUCACUCUGUUGGACCUUCCACCUACUACCCCGACCAGUUCACCUCCCGAAGCCUCGUCUGCACAUAAUAACGUCUUGCCACCACCCUCUAGCGUCACUCCGCCAACUCCGCCAGUGUCACACACGCCGCCAAGCCAUCACGUGAAACCUCCGACGAUGCCCCAACCCGUUCCAUCACCAGCUCCAACGCCGCCAUCGCCCCGCCAAUUCCCCAUCACAUUCGGUCAAGCUGCGAUGGCGUUUUUCACAGCUUUGGUGACGUUGGUGGCCUUUAGCCUCGUCAGCGAGCACCACCGGCGCGGAGCUGGCGGCGACGGCGACUACUCGAUGAUCCAAGGCUUCUUUUCCCCUCGGCAAAAGCAGCGCCCUCGUCCGCCAUCCAACGAUGCGACAUCGUCACCACGUACCCGAGCUCGUCGCCAUCGCAACGACGAACAGCCAAGGGCCACGGCUAACGUGGACGAAUUCAUUGCCGAGUCGGGCAGCUACUAUGACAUGCAAUACCCACAAGAGGGAAGUACCUUGACCGAAGCCACGCCCGUCCGGCGGUCGCGGCGGCUAGAUGCCGCCGCUCACAUGUCCUCGACGUACUUUUGAAAGACAAGAUGACUGCACAAGUAUUUACACGUGCGCGCCGUCUUGUGUCUAUGUAUCCUGGGCGAUGAUGUAACUUUGCUCGGGUACUGAUCUCCAUCGUCGACCUGGUUUGCUACCAAACAUUCGUUCUGCGACAGACGCACUACAGUACUGUAGUACUUACAUAGACCCACCACCCCAAAAAGUAACAUGUAAUUCAGUGCAGAUAUUUUACCCAAAA